AAUUAUAAUACCCUGGAAGGGUAUAAAAAUAAUUAUUGGAUCUGGUGCAGUCGUUUUUUGAAUGUUUAAGUAAAAUCAUAUAAUAAACAUUUUGUUUGUUAAACAUUAAAGUUAAAAUGUUAAUCAAAACCCUAAAAAAAGGCAGGGGCAUACUUGCUUUGCGGAGACGACUAAGGUCGUUAGUUUGAACUGAUCCGCAGGUCCUUUCACAUCGUGGGUUCGAACCGAACCGCCGGUCAUUUAUAAUUAUAUUACUAUUAUAAUUUAUUAAAACCCAUGUUAAAGAAAGGAGAAAAAAGUGGUCAUAACCACACUAACUCCAAACAUUCUAAUAUACAUAUUUGUGAAGAUUAUAUAAAAACUAACAAAAAAGAAGUUAACAAAUAAUUUAAUCAGAUUCGUUUGCGUCACUAAAGCAUCUAGCAGCCUUAAAAAUAAAGACUUACAUGCAGAAUCCGUGCAAAAACGAAUCGGUUGAUGAAUUUCAUCAAAAAAAUAUAUUUAUUAUAGAGCCGGAAACGAUCCUACACUGUAUAUAAUUUUUUUCAGAACCCACCCACACUGUGUGGUGCAAUAUCAUAUGAAUAUCCAUAUGUACGUAUUCACAUACAUGCGUGUUUGUUGGGGGCGGUUCUUGUAUUACUUCAAGUUUGUCAGCCGAUGGAGUUUGAAAUGGAGAAAAAAAAAUAAUACAAAUAAAAAAACAAUCGCGGUCAUGGCAAUUAAUCUCACAAUGUUAAUUUUUGAAAAAGGCCAUACUAUAUUAUUUCACAGCCCAGCGAGUAUACGAAUCGGCUAUAAAAGCUUGAGCACCCCAUUUGGAGAGGUCAAGUUUAGUCGAAUUGUGGAAGCAUAAGCCUAGCAACAUGCAACGGUUACCGAUAAUUUUCUUAGCAGUCUUGCUUCUUAGCGUCGCCAUUUUAGUGCGCGGCUUCGACGAAAAGGAAGCCAUGGCCAAGCUAAUGGAGUCUGCCGAGUCCUGUUUGGGCCAAGUCGGUGCUGCUCAAAGCGAUUUGCAGGACCUGGUUAAGAAACAACCUGCAUCCACCUAUCAAGGCAAGUGCCUGAGGGCAUGUGUAAUGAAGAGUUUUGGGCUACUCGACUCCAGCGGCAAGCUGGAUAUCGAGGCCGGCCACGAGAAAGCAAAACAGUAUACAGGGGAUGAUCCCACCAAGCUUAAAAUCGCCCUCGAAAUUGGCGACACUUGUGCUGCCAUCAGUGUGCCGGAGGAUCACUGCGAGGCCGCAGAGGCCUACGGCAUUUGCUUUAAAAGCGAGGCCACCAAACAUGGACUAAUGUAGACCGACCUGCAGCCCCCAACCUGGAUCAGCGCUGGUCCACUCCCAAGCCACGCACGUACUACGUA